UCUUCAUUAGCCCCAUCUGAUAUGAUUUUCAUUAUUUAUUUUUCCUCUCUGCAACAUUUCUCUCUUCUUCUUCUAGCUACUCUUGAAAUAUAUUCUUAAUUCCUUUCUCAAAACCUAAAAAGAAAAAAAGAAGAAGAAGAAGAAGAAGAGAUACUUCAUAUUAACUCACUGUUUUUGGUGAUGUCAAGCAAUAAAGGGAAAGAUGUAGCGGAAGGUUCAUCAAGAGCUGUUGCUAUGGCUCCCGAUCAGCAAAAUCCACCUCCCUUGAGUCGAUACGAAUCGCAGAAGAGGCGCGAUUGGAACACCUUUGGUCAGUACUUGAGGAACCAGAGACCCCCAGUUGCAUUAUCACAGUGCAACGCAAAUCUUGUGCUUGAAUUUCUUCGAUACCUCGAUCAAUUUGGCAAGACUAAGGUGCACUUACAAGGGUGUGUCUUUUUUGGACAACCUGAGCCGCCAGGGCCCUGUACUUGCCCACUUAAGCAAGCCUGGGGUAGCCUUGAUGCACUCAUCGGCCGGCUUAGGGCUGCUUAUGAAGAAAAUGGUGGCUUGCCUGAGACAAACCCUUUUGCAAGUGGUGCUAUUAGAGUAUAUCUACGUGAAGUGAGGGACUCUCAGGCCAAGGCAAGAGGAAUUCCUUAUAAGAAGAAGAAGAAGAAGAGGAAUCCGAUGAAAGCUAACGAUGAGAGCUCAAGCUUUCAUAUGCAGUAAUCUUGAUUUACUGUGGUUUUCUCUAGAAAACAAAAACAAUGGCUCUUAAAUUUCAAGUCUUGCAUAAGCGACUGCAAUUGGGACCUCUAUCAACUCCUCCCCAGAUUGACUUAUCGGUCCUUCAAUCGCACAAGCAGUGUAAUUUAGUUAAAAUGAGAAUGCAUGAAGUCGAUCGGUCAAGAAUAUCAUAAAACCAGGAGUAAUUAGUAAGUUACAUUUUCUCAUCCUUUGUCCAUUUAAGAUCAGUAUUUCACUAUCAUAUGAAGCCUAGUCAAGUUUGUUGCCAUGUACUCCUAUCCGGAUGUAUGUAUUAUUGAAAGCAUAAGCAUAUUAUGGUUUUUCUCAA